AUGACAGAAUCACAUCUGGCUUUCGUCGAAGAGAACAUCGUCACAGCCUUUCAAGUCGGAGCGAUGGUAGGGUCGCUCGCAGCCUAUCCAGCAGCUCAUUAUCUCGGCCGUAGAUUGAGCUUAGUCUGGUUUUCCAUCCUCCUCAUGCUGGGCUCUGGACUCACGCUUGGGGCAAAUCAUGCUCGAGGCUUGACCCUCAUUUUCGCGGGACGCACGUUCACUGGGAUUGGGGCCGGAGCAUGCUCCAUGGUCACUCCGAUUUACCUUUCAGAGAUUUCUCCUCCAGCUAUUCGAGGUCGGAUCUGUGGAAUGUUUGAAUUAUUCUGGCAGAUUGGCAGUGUUGCUGGAUUCUGGAUCAACUACGCAGUGUCUCAGACGCUGCAGCCCUCUCACAAGCAAUGGCUGGUACCAUUCGGAGUGCAACUCAUCCCAGCAGUCCUUCUCUUCCUCGGCGCAUUUUUCUGGCUAGAAGAGUCACCACGAUGGCUUUUCAGCAAGACAGGAUGCAGAGAACAUGCGAUCAGGAACCUCGAAGGGUUCCGACAGCUCCCUGUGGAUGAUUCAUAUAUGCUGGAGGAGGUUGCCAUGAUAGAGUACGCAAUUAUUCGCGAGGGCCUCGCUGAGAGUUUCUGGCAUCCCUUCAGAGCAGUCGCCAUGCACAAAUCGCUGCAGUGGAGAUUGCUGCUUGGGGCGCUUCUUUUUAUGCUGCAACAUGGAACUGGCGCGAACGCCAUUGCUUACUACUCGCCCAAGUUGUUCCAGGCUAUUGGUAUUACAGGAUCCGAGAAUGCAUUGUUGGCGACAGGCACCUUUGGCAUUGUCAAAGUGAUCGCUGCCCUCCUUUGGAUGGCUUUCCUGGUUGAUCGUCUUGGUCGACGGCUGCUGUUACUGCUCGGUGCAGCUGGCUGCAGCAUAUCAAUGUGGAUCAUCGGUGUCCACAUCUUCACGCAGAAACACUCUUCAGCUGACAGUACAACCGGGGCCCACAACACUGGAAGCAUCAUGGCCAUCUGCUUCUUCUACAUCUGGACUGUCCUCUUCUCGUUAUCAUGGAGCGGUACACCCUGGAUCAUCAACUCCGAAAUCUUCAGCAUGAACACCCGUCCACUCGGCCAAACCAAUGCAGCCUUCCAGUAUUGGUUCUGGAGCUUCUUGUUGUCCCGUUUCACACCAAACAUGUUUUCACAUAUGGGUAAAAGCGGAUAUGGUGUCUUUUUCUUCUUUGCGUCUGUCAUGCUAAUCAGCAUCGGAUUCGCCUGGCUUGUCAUUCCUGAGACAAAGUCGGUUCCACUCGAGUCGAUGGACAGACUGUUCGAGCUGAAGCCGCCGAAAGAUGCAAACGAUAUGUUUUAUCUCGAGAAUGCAGUUCUGGGGCAGUCGGAGGUGCAGGAAGUUGAGAUUGUUGAGACCAUUGUGGAAUGUGUAGGGAAGGAAACUAUAGGAGAGGCUAUGUGA